UAUUCCUUUAAUACAGAGAGGAUAGUCCAUAAUAAAGAAAAAGAAGAUAUAAUUAAUCAUCUCAGCAAACAUGAACUGGGACAAUGCAUGCAUUUCAGCCAAACAGAGGAAGUAAUGCACAUGAAUGGAAAGACUUGAACUUAAAGACUUACUAUGUGUGCUUAACAUCACAAUGCAAAAUCUACUUAAAACUGGUCCAAGACAGGAUUACCAGGAUUUACGUGUUAUUAUUAUUAUUCCUCCCCCUCUCCUGUCGGCGCUCCACGCAGUAUCCAGACGGUGGCGGAGAGGCACCUAAACUGGUUUGCAGACGCCCGUUAAACCUUAGAAGAAGAAGAAGAACAACCGCAUAGUUGUUUAAAGAGUUGUGACGAUUGCAAAAAUGGCAAAGAGGUGUGUUUUCGGCUGUUUGCCCAACAAAACCCUUUUCAGUAUCCCACGACCACCUUGGCUACGGUCCCGCUGGCUUGAGUUUUUGCACUUUGAAGAGGAAGGGUUAACGGUAAACUCGCGGCUGUGCUCGAGGCAUUUCACGCCCGAGUGUUUCCAGAAUUUAACCCAGCACCAAAUGGGGUUUGCCAGGGUCUUGUAUCUGAAGAACACCGCUGUUCCGUCGGUGUACACGGUUGGCGCAUCACAGAGUAUGAAGCCUCGGACGCGGGAUGUGGGCUGCCAGUGUUCCGCUCAAACCCCAAAAAAGAGCACCUCGGUUCAAGCCUCGUUCCCAACCCCUAAACCGAAACGACGUAGUAAAGCUGUUCAAGUGAAGUCUUCAGAGCAUGCUGAUCUUGUUUGCGCCCAUCUGGAAACACCGGAGCGCGCAGCAACGCCAAUCAAAGCAUGGAUGAUUUCACCUAUGAACCAGAAACCACAGAAGACCGUGAAAGGUGAUUAAUUCUCUGUAGUAGUCAGACCUGUGUUUUGAAAAGCAUAUAAUCUUGGGGGUGAUAUAAGGGGUUUUGAGUAUAGACUCUUUGUUGUUGUAUUUGUGUGUAUUUAUAUAUAUAUAUAUAUAUAUAU